CACACGCCGGACAAACCCACGGCGGAGCUCAGCCCUCCGCUCCGGAGGCCGUGGCAGGCAGCCUCCGGAGGAGCCCCCGCAGACGCCAUACUAAAAGCCAAAAUGGCUGCCCCAAGGAAGGCUGCACCGCGCAGCUAGUGAGAAUUGGGGAACAAGCUGCUGAGAGAAAGGGGGAGGGGGACUCUGGGAAGAGCCGUCGCCAGAACCAUCGCCCCCCGAGUCGCACAGAUUCAAGUUACAGCCACCCCCCUUGCUAUACCUUUUCAACUGCAUUGGAAAAAUACUGGUCAAGAAAAAAAUGAUAAAGUUUUUCCUCAUGGUGAAUAAACAAGGGCAGACCCGACUUUCUAAAUACUAUGAACAUGUGGAGAUUAAUAAACGAACACUUCUGGAAACAGAAGUCAUAAAGAGCUGUCUUUCCCGAUCCAAUGAACAAUGCUCCUUCAUUGAAUAUAAGGAUUUUAAGCUGAUUUAUCGACAGUAUGCAGCUCUCUUCAUUGUGGUUGGAGUUAAUGACACUGAGAAUGAGAUGGCAAUUUAUGAAUUCAUCCAUAACUUUGUAGAAGUUUUAGAUGACUACUUCAGCCGAGUGAGUGAAUUAGAUAUAAUGUUUAAUCUAGAUAAAGUACACAUCAUUUUGGAUGAGAUGGUCUUAAAUGGAUGCAUUGUGGAAACAAAUCGAGCAAGAAUUCUUGCUCCUCUGUUGAUUCUUGAUAAGAUGUCAGAAAGCUGAGUAAUAAUAGAAGGUCCUGCCAGACAACAUCGACUUACAGGAAAUGCGAAAACCAAUGGAAUACCUCUCAACAUCUGUAGCCCCAAAGAAUCUGGAAGAUCACGCAUUGCAAAGUAAGGUGUCCUUCCAAAGACUUAAAAUUAAAAUAGGUGUUUUACAUAGUUCCUAAAUAAAAAACAAAACUGCAUUUUAAAAUACAAUGCAUGAAGAAACCUUUUCUCUAAGCUGAGAGACAAGUUUUAUUUUCUAACCAUAAUAAGCAUUUUUUCUUCCCCCUCUUGAUUAAACUUUGUUGCAUUCUGAGGGAACCUUUUUUGUCUCUGUUUUCCUUUGCAAACUUAAAUUCAAAAAUAGUAGCAUGGGGUGGAAAGAUAAUUGUGGGAGCUCUAUCGUCAACAAAAUGUUAAAGUUGACUUAAACACAUAUAGUACUUUGAAUAGUUUUCUGAAUGCUAUUUUCUUCCCUCGUAAGUUUUAAAAGUCAGAACUUUUCUGUGUACCUGACGAAAACCGCAGAAUCAAAAUUUAUUUGCCAAUAUCUAAAGCCUGAUAUUCAUUGGGUACUAAGCAAUUACAGUGCUGUCACAUAAUUUAUACUUUCUAUCAACUAAUGAAUAUUAAAAAAACAACCCUUUUAACUAGCCUUUAUACCCUAUUUUAAAGGGAUUGUCUUAUUAGACCCCUUCUCCUACAACAUCUUGAAUCAAAGAAAACUGCAAGUCACUGUAAAAGGGCAAUGCCCUGAGCCCCUAAACCUUUCUAUAUGCUUUUGCUUCCCAGUCAACAGUACACUAUACAGAAAUUGUCCUAGGCAAUGGAGGAAGUAGGCAUUCUUGGCACAUUUAGAUAUUAUUCCAUCCCAUGGAAUCCAAGAGUUUAUUAAUCUGUAACACUGUUUUGCAAAAGAUAACAUAAAUGGACAUUCUAGGCACUGAUGAUUCAUUUAGUACUGUAUUGAGCUUGCUAUAGCUCGGUGUGUAAUUUGAAAUUCUCUUUUCUAAAAAUCUAUUUACAUAUUUAUCAUUGUUUGCAUCUAUAAAGACCCAGGCAACUCACCAAUAAUAUACUCCAACCUAAAUUAUUUUGAAUUUAUACAAUAAGUAGAGGAAAGGUGCUGACCUGCUGGAAUAGUGAGUGGUAUAGCAUUAAGUAGUCAGGGUCUUGGGAAAGCCCAGUCUAGAUUACAGUGCUUUGGAGGUCUUUCUGAGACAUAAUAGUUGGGGAAAUACUGUCCUAGUUGGUAGGCACUUAAUGAGUAACGCAUUCAGGUAACUGCUGAAACUGGUACACCAGAAGUAACUAGGGAGUGAACAAAAUUAAUUUUUGGGUCACACCAAAAUAGCAUUUGAAUUACACUCUGGCACAGAUUUUAGUACCUUGAGAGAAUAACAAUUUAAAAAAAAAAUACUAGGUAGAUAACAUAGGAAAAUACACUCAAGAACACAGAAUAUAUGGAGACCCCAGUAGAUGUCACAUAACACUUGACUCAUAAGAAAUCAACUAUGUGACUGUUCUUACAGAUUGUGUCAUCAUUUUACUUCAGGUUCAUUACCAGUGGCUUUCACACCCAUGAAAUUUAUGUCUCAGACUGAUUUUUACCUUGUCCUUGAACCUUUCUUUCUACAGGAAGACUCCUGAUGUUUCACAGUUACUGAUUUUAUAAGACUCAUCAAUUUUACCUGAGGUAGCAACAUUCUAGAUCAAGAUUCAGCAAACAUUUUCUAAAAGGGCCAGAUAAAUGUUUUAGGCUUUGUGGGCCUUAUGUUCUUUUAUAACUACUAAAUUCUGCCAUUGUAGUUUGAAAACAGCCAUAGAUAACACAGAAAUGAAUGAGCAUGGCUGUGUUCUACUUUUUCUUUUUAAAAUUGUAUUUUUUAUUGAGAUAAUGUUUUAUAACAUUGUAGAUGAUUUAGGAGUGUGGCUGUGUGCUAAUAAAACUUCAUGGAAACUGAAAUUUUAACUUCAUGGAAUUUUCUUUAUCGUAAACUCUGCUCUUUAUUUUUCCAACCACUUUAAAAUUUUUAAACCAUACUUUGGUCAUGGGCCAUACAAAAACAGGUGGUAAGCCAUAGUUUGCAAACUGCUAUGCUAGUAAAAGCUGGCCACUACAGACAUUAAGAGGCUUUAAGUAAAGGCAAUACUGCACACAUCUGGAUUUUAAUUCUAACACUAAUAUAAAGUUUUGGUCAUGCAUCCAUGACUUGAGACAAUCACAGUUAUUUUUUAGAUUAAAGCAUAAGUCAUACAUUUAAAUAUUGCUGUUUUAUUUUAACAUUAAUUCUCACAGAGAACUGUGAAGCUAACAAUAAGGUAAAUUAUUUAAAUGCUGCCACUAAUUACAUAGUCACAACAUUCUCACUCAGAGGAUAAAAACAGUACUCAAAUGACUGACUGUAGUGGGAGAAAAUUUCUUCUAAUGUAGAAAGGGAUCAUACCUUUAAAUAGGUAAAUAAUGGGCAAUUUCAAAAAAUGCUUUUCACUCCUAAAAAGCCAUAUGGCCAAAUCAAGUCUAGCGACACUUCUUUCACCUAUACGCACACGAUGUGAUAAAUCACAGGAAUCUGGAAAAUGGAAAGAGAGUCCCUUCUUCAAAACCAGGAAAUAUCAGUAUCCUGGAAGUUUCUUUGCACACUAAUACAACAUUCAAAAAUCAUUCUUGGAUCUUAGAUUUACACAUCCCUACAGAUACAAUAGUAAGAAGUGAACCUGGUAUUUAAAAAAAGUUAACACAAAUAAUGUGGCUGUUAUUAGCUGA